UUUUUAGGUCAUUAGUAAGGAUGGACUAACCCUAAAAACUCUACACCUCUUCCUCCAACUCCACCACGCCACCGCCACCGACUGCUGCUCCUCCAUCACAGACAAACACUCGAAGUCGGUACUGCAACUGCUGCUGACUAAUUUCACUGUGGGCUGUGGGUUGUUCGAAUCCAAUCAAAGAAUCCCUAAAAAUCGAAAUUUUUGAUUUUGUUUAAGAGGGUUGAUUCUCGACCUUCAAUCAAUCAAUCAAUCAAUCAUGGGUUUGACUCGAGAUUCUCUUCCCGACUCUGAAAACACUACUAACAUCAUGAACAAGCAGUCUUUAACCGCUCCUAUAAAAUCAACUGUUGAUAAAUAUCAACUCAUUCCUGAGUUUCUCAAGACAAGAGGGUUAGUGAAGGAACAUUUGGAUUCUUACAACUACUUUGUGACAACGGGGAUUAAGAAGAUUGUUCAAGUUAACCACGAAAUUCGAUCUUCCGUGGAUACCGGCAUUUACCUCAAGUUUAAAGAUGUCAAAAUUGGUGAACCAUCCUUUGUGGCGGACGGUGUCGCAGAAAAGAUCAACCCUCAUCAGUGCAGGCUGUCAAAUCUGACGUAUGCAGCACCUAUAGAAGUUCAUAUAGAGUAUGUUACAGAGAGUGGUGGUGAAAAGGAAAGACGCGAGAAGAAAGAUGUAGUUAUAGGAAAAAUGCCAGUAAUGUUACGGAGUCGUUGUUGUGUUCUAAAUGGGAAGGAUGAGACUGAGUUAGCUAAACUUGGUGAAUGCCCACUUGAUCCUGGGGGGUAUUUUAUUGUGAAGGGAACUGAAAAGGUGAUUAUGAUUCAAGAGCAACUUUCAAAUAACAGGAUAAUCAUUGAAAUCGAUAAGAAGGGAAAUUUGGUUGCAUCUGUUACAAGUAGCACUGCAACAUUAAGGAGCAAAACUGUCAUAGUGAUGGAAAAAGAGAAGAUAUAUCUACAGCUUAAUCAAUUUCAGACAAAGGUUCCUAUCAUGGUGGUGAUGAAGGCUAUGGGAAUGCAAAGUGACCAAGAAGUUGUGCAGAUGAUUGGAAGAGAUCCACGUUAUGGUUCUCUACUCUUGCCUUCUAUUGAGGAAUGUGCCAAAUCUGGUGUAGAAACACAACAGCAGGCGCUUGAAUAUCUCGAAAAAAAGGUCAAAAAACCACAAUUUGCUUUUGGUCUACCAGAAAAGGAAAAUAGAGCUUUGUUGAUACUUCGGGAUGUAUUUAUUGCGCAUGUUCCGGUGCGUAAUAACAACUUUCGUGCCAAGUGUUUAUAUGCUGGUGUGAUGUUGAGGCGCAUGUUAGAAGCUUUCUUAAAUAAAGCUGCAGUAGAUGACAAGGAUUAUGUGGGGAAUAAGCGGUUUGAACUCUCUGGACAGUUACUCUCUCUUCUUUUUGAGGACUUGUUUAAGACGAUGCAAACAGAAGUCAGAAAAAAGGUGGAUGCAAUAUUAAUUAAAAAAAGCAGGUCAAGCAGAUUUGAUUUUUCCCAGCAUAUACUUAAUAAUAAUACCAUUAGCUUUGGUUUAGAAAGAGCUAUUUCAACGGGAAACUGGUAUGCUAAGCGGUUCAGGGUGGAUCGGAAAGGUGUAACACAGGUGCUCGCUAGGCUGUCUUACAUUCAGGCACUAGGUUUUCUUACAAAAAUUCAACCACAAUUUGAGAAGUCGAGGAAAGUUAGUGGACCACGUGCUUUGCAACCAAGCCAGUGGGGAAUGCUCUGCCCGUGUGAUACACCUGAAGGUGAAUCUUGUGGAUUGGUAAAGAAUUUGGCAUUGAUGGCUCAUGUUACUACUGAUGAAGAGGAAGGCCCACUAAUAUCUUUGUGUUGCAGUUUAGGUGUUGAAGACCUGGAGUUACUCUCUGGGGAAGAACUGCACUCGUCAAAUUCAUUUCUUGUGAUAAUGAAUGGACUUAUUCUUGGAAAGCAUAGAAGGCCAAAGAAAUUUGCCAACACUUUGAGAAGAUUGCGGCGUUGUGGAAAGAUUGGCGAGUUUGUCAGUGUUUAUGAGAACGAAAAGCAGUGUUGUGUGUAUAUUGCGUCGGAUGGAGGUCGUGUCUGCCGCCCUCUUGUAAUAGCUGAUAAAGGUAUAUCAAGGAUCAAAGAACAUCACAUGAAGGAGUUGCGGGAUGGAGUUCGAACCUUUGAUGACUUUUUGCGUGAGGGAUUGAUCGAGUAUCUUGAUGUCAAUGAGGAAAACAAUACCUUGAUUGCAUUGUACGAAGAUGAAGCCGUACCAGAAACAACUCAUAUCGAAAUAGAGCCUUUUACAAUCUUGGGUGUUAUUGCUGGCUUAAUCCCUUAUCCCCAUCACAAUCAGUCACCCAGAAAUACAUAUCAGUGUGCUAUGGGAAAACAGGCAAUGGGGAAUAUUGCUUACAAUCAGCUUUUCCGGAUGGACACAUUACUAUAUCUCUUAGUAUAUCCUCAAAGGCCUUUGCUAACAACAAAAACAAUUGAAUUGGUGAAGUAUGACAAUCUUGGAGCUGGACAGAAUGCUACUGUUGCAGUUAUGAGCUACAGUGGAUAUGAUAUAGAGGAUGCUAUCGUUAUGAAUAAAGCUUCAUUGGAUCGUGGUUUUGGACGUUGUAUAGUGAUGAAAAAAAAGAGUGGGAUUAUGCAGAGGUAUGAGAAUAAUACAUCUGACAGAAUCCUUCCACCAAAAAAAGAAGGGUAUUUCGCCGAAAAAAUGCAGGCAUUGGAUGAUGAUGGUAUUGCUGCUCCAGGGCAAAUUGUUCGACAAGAUGACAUUUUGAUAAACAAACAAACACCAAUGGUUACGAGGGGAUCAAUGGCAAGAGAGAUACCAGAUAGUCAGUAUAGACCCACACCCUUCAAACAAAGCGGACUUGCUGGAGAUAAUUCAGUGGUAGAUCGAGUGGCACUCUUUUCUGACAAGAAUGACAAUAUGUGCAUAAACUUCAUCAUUCGUCAAACUCGCCGUCCUGAGGUUGGCGAUAAGUUUAGCAGCAGACAUGGACAGAAAGGUGUAUGUGGUACCAUUGUUCAACAGGAAGAUCUUGUAUUCUCUGAGCGUGGCAUCUGCCCUGAUCUGAUUAUGAAUCCUCAUGGGUUUCCAAGUCGUAUGACUGUUGGCAAGAUGAUAGAACUUCUGGGAGGAAAAGCUGGAGUAUCAUGCGGAAGAUUUCAUUAUGGAAGUGCCUUUGGAGAAAAAAGUGGUCAUGCCGACAAAGUUGAGACUAUAAGUGAGACCUUAGUGCAGCAUGGAUUCAGCUACAAUGGAAAGGAUUUUCUCUAUUCAGGCAUAACUGGAGAACCCCUGCAAGCAUACAUAUUUAUGGGGCCAAUUUACUAUCAGAAAUUAAAACACAUGGUCUUAGAUAAAAUGCAUGCACGAGGCUUCGGUCCUCGUGCUAUCUUAACUAGGCAGCCAACUGAGGGAAGGGCUCGAAAUGGAGGACUCAGGGUUGGAGAAAUGGAGCGUGAUUGUUUGAUAGCUUAUGGUGCUAGCAAUUUGAUAUAUGAGCGCCUAAUGGUUUCAAGUGACCCCUUUCAAGUUCAGGUUUGUAGAUUGUGCGGACUGUUGGGAUAUUACAAUCAUAAACUGAAAGCUGGUAUUUGUAGUUUUUGUAAAAAUGGAGACAACAUAUCCACCUUGAAAUUGCCGUAUGCUUGCAAGCUCCUGUUUCAGGAACUCCAAUCGAUGAACAUUGUUCCACGUUUGAAGUUAGCUGAUGCUUGAUUCAUUCGAGGUUUGGUUUGUGUGAUAACGGACGAUGCAAUAUUGGUGUGAUAUCGCCAUGGAAGGGUACUUCGAUUUUGUUAUUAGUCGUGGGACUCCCAACUUGUGCAUCAACUUGAGUUUUGGGAGAUUGGGUUCAUUACCGAGAGGAAGAACAUAGCAAGGACAUCAGUAAAAUAAUGAUAUGUCUCGAUCUCUCCGAAAAAGUAACCAUAUUCAAAUGAAUGAUAAAUUUUUGUGGAAUUUGGUCGAUUUUAGGUUCCUUUUUUGAACAUUGUUAUCUUGAUCUUGGAAAAAUUCAAUACCUUUCUCUUUUAGGAAAUCUUGAUAGGUUUUUUAUUGUUCACCCUAAAACAGGGAUGUGACAUGGUACGUGGGCUACAUUGUGGAUCACAAUAUAAAUUUAUUUAUUUUUAUUAUUUCUUUCCCAAAAUGGUCUUUUUGUGUUGAUUAUUUUAGGUGAUUGUGAGUCUGUGACACUCUCUUGGCCUACUGUGUGUCGUGUCAUGUUGUCCAUAUAUUAGGCCUAGCCUUGAUCAAAUCAUCGUAAUUGUCUCAUUAGCCUCUUUUACAUAAAUAGUUUCAACUUUGUUUUAAAUAUUUAUGCAAGAGAAUCUGGUCUUGUUUUAGUUGAAUCAAGUAUUUUCUUGUUUAGGCAAAGUCUUAGGAUUAAAUUUCAUCUAAGCUUUCUUUUAUGUGUGGAAAUUAAAAUGAAAGUUAUAGGAUGAAUAAGUAAUUUGUACUCAGCAAGUCUUGUAAAGAUCGUCUUACAACGAGAUGGAUUCUUACAAUCAACUUUUUCCUCUAACCGAUCACUUUAACGGGGUGUUUGGUAUGCACUUUUUAAUACUAAGUAAGGGAUUCAAUUACCAUUACUCCACAUAUUUGUUUGGUAUGAUAUUAGGUUAACCCAAUCCCUUCUUAAGGGUAAUAAUACCAAACACCCUUACCCUUCUUGAGUGUUUCCCUUAUAUUUUCAUACCAAACAAUAUUUAACUACAACUCAUACCCUUACGGCCUUACCCUUACUCCUCUU